UUCAAACAAUGUUUGUAUCGUAAGCCGGCCCCGUCAGUCGCAACACGGGGCAACCCCUCACUAAAACAUGAUCCUCCAACCCUGCAAUGUCGAACUCACGAAGAUACACUAUUACGACCGCAGUAAACGCGAGAGCAACCUAGCCAUCUCGACCAUAUCGAGAGAGGUGUGCCAGAACAACUUCAACAGGAACGUGAUCAUCAAGAAGAACGUCUUCGGGCAUAGGUGGGUGUUGAGGAUCAACGACGGCGAGGGGGUGCACAAGAAAAGGAAGAAGCUGAGGGUCGUGGUGUAUAUUUUGGUGUUCUGCUCCAUUGUUGUGGCGGUUUGCUUCGGUGUGUUCUUCUCCAUAUACAAGAACAAAAGCAAAGCAUCUGACCAAAAGAUAGUCCAUUUGGAGCCUAUUACCAACACACCACAAGUAAACGACACUUACAUCAAUAAAAUGCAUGAAAAUCAAGUAACCAUAGGGGCUGCUGAAACGACAACAAUAUAUACUACGACUAGUACCAUACAAACUGAACAAACUGCUAUAUAUAGUUAUAUAAAUGAACCUUCCACGCCUACCUCGCUCUGCGGCCCGUGCGCCCUGAGUCAAGAAGUCUGCUUGAAAAUUCAUGAAACUGACGCCCCGAAAUGCACCAAAAUCGCCGACAAAAAUGACCCCACGGGUUGCGGCGGUCUCUGUCCGAUAAACACACACUUCUGCCAAAUCCUGGACGCCAGGGGAAAGGUAUACCAGUGCUCUCCCAUCAAGAAAUCUCUGAUGUGUCGGAAUAGCACCUUCAACUGCGGGAACCUGUGCAUCUCUAAAGAAAAACGUUGCGACGGCCUGGUGCAUUGCUCCAAUGGCUCUGACGAGGAAAAAUGUGUUUGCGACCUUGAAACGCAUUUUCACUGCGGGAACUUGACUUCGUGUUUAGAAAAAAAGAAAAAGUGCGACCAUAAGGUCGACUGCUGGGACAAAUCUGAUGAAACAGGCUGUACUAAAGGUGUCUCCUGCAAAAACGAAGAGAUUCCUUGCGCUAGCGGACAAUGUGUCCUAAAGGAAAAGUUUUGUGAUGGGAAAUUCGACUGCGUAGAUAGGACUGAUGAACCAGAAGGAUGCCAAAUAUAAAUAAGAGGAGGAGGACAAUGGAGUAAUUUUUCUUUGUUUUUUGGAUUUGUGUGAUUUUUUUUUCAGUGUGCAGAGUAGAAAAAUACAACAAUUAAAAAAAAAUAGCAAAUAAUAGUGAAAUUGUAUACGAUUACUACAGUCUUGUACUUACUCUUUCCAGAAACACCCAAAGGUGUUGACAAUUAUUAGGAAUCCUAGGAUUGCACUGACAAGGACAAUAAAUGUCUGGUAUUAUCCAUAUGUUUAUUAGUGAAGCAGUAUUCUCUAGAUAUUUAUUUUUGUAAGG